UCCAGCAAGUAGAUCAUAACCCUCUCUACAGCCAAGGACAGCAUUGCCAGGGCUCCAGGAGACAGGGGUGGAAGGUUUCAGGAGGCACCAGGAGACACCAGGAGGUAUCAGGACACCAGGAGGAAUCAGGACACCAGGACUCUCACCCACCAGUUCCAGAAGAAGUAAGGAGGACAACACAAGGAGAACAAGCUGCCAUGUCCACCUAGAGAGGACCACAGAACUUGACACUUGCUAGACCAGGUCUUGCAGAAGUUGAAGGCUCUGAUCUCCUCCAAGGUUUCCUCUGCUCCUCCAGAAACUCUGCCAGGGCUUCAUCUAUGUACAAAAUGGAUUAUUCUUACCUGAAUUCCUAUGACUCCUGUAUGGCAGCCAUGGAAGCAUCAGCCUAUGCAGACUUCAGUUCCUGCAGCCAGGCCAACAGCUUCCAGUACAACCCCAUCAGGACCAGCUUCGGGGCCAACUCUGGAUGUCCUCCUCUGACCACGGCCAACUGCACCCUGGGGGCACUGAGAGACCACCAGCCUUCUCCAUACACUACAGUCCCAUACAAGUUCUUCUCAGACCCAUCAAGUAUCAAUGAAAAGAGGAAGCAGAGAAGGAUUCGGACAACGUUCACCAGUUCCCAGCUGAAGGAGCUGGAACGAGUGUUUGCAGAGACGCACUAUCCGGAUAUAUACACCAGGGAAGAGCUGGCUCUUAAGAUAGACCUGACAGAAGCCAGAGUGCAGGUGUGGUUCCAGAACAGAAGGGCCAAGUUUCGCAAGCAGGAGAGAGCAGCCAAUUCGAAAAAUGGAAGUACCGCCAAUGGUGGAUCAGGAAACAAAAAGUCAGAUGCACGUUCUUCUUCAGAAGAUGACGAGUCCAAAGAGUCCAACUGCAGCCCGACCCCAGACAGCACAGCAUCUCUAACCACUGCAGGCAACCUUAACAGUCCUGGAGGAAGCCUCAGUCCUAGCCCCGGAACAGCUGCAGCCCUGGUAUCGAAUCAUACUACAGCCCAGACCAUGAAGGCCCCUGUUUGGCCUGGGGUCCCAACAAGCAGCAGUAACACAGCCGACCUUCUCAAGGCUUGGCAACCUGCAGAUGCCGUGCCUGGGCCAUUUGCUGGUGUCUUAUCCACAUUUCACAGGAAGCCAAACACCCUGAAGACAAACCUGUUUUAAAUAACACAGUAAUGAGACAACAUUGCAAAAACACAAAUCAAGACAAACAGACUAAAGUAAGAGAGGAUUGUACGCAGGGGAAGUUACAGCCCUCCUGGAUUUAGUUACACUUUGGAUCAAUGAAGAAUCUGCCAGAUAUUUUCCCAUAUCUGCUGUGUCAAAAGAGAUGGACAGUGACCAAUCGAUGUUGAGGACAUAUACUCCAACAUCUGGAACAGAUGAUCAAGUUAUUGAAAAUAACUCUGGCUUUCGAAUAAGAGCCAGAUGUCUUAUGGCAUGGACCUAGAUUAUGGACACCGUGAUGGCCCUAGGGGUCUCACAAUAUUCAUUGGCUCAAUAGAUCAAUCAUAGUUGGUGGUAUUUUUUUUUUUAAAAUUGGUUUAUUUAUUAUUUAUUAUAUUUAAGUAGGUUUAUGUUACAUAUAAUUUUAAUUUUAUUUUUGUUUAUUUUCUUCAGGAGACACUGCUCCUUGUCGCAUACGAUGAGGUUUUGUGUUCGAUCUCUGAGAUAACUUCAUAAUUUUUUUUUUUUACUGUUUUGAAUUUGAGACACAUAUGACCUCCCUGCUAUACUAUUCAUUUAUUGGCUGAAUACAUUACUCUUAAUCUAUGACAGAGACGUCACGAAUAAAGGAAAUUAUCGCCAUCUGGCAUUCUGGGAUAAAUAUAUUUCAGAUGAGGAUAUCAUUCAGUACUAAGAUAAAAUAAGGAUACCAGGCCUACGCUGGACUCUGUAUGAAUCAGAAAUAACAUUUUGUAGGAUUAGGGACAAUUAUCUGCCACAGACAUUUUCUGGUCCAUUAGCAGCUAAAGAGUCUCUUUGUUUCCAAGAGGCAUCUGUUUGUCCACUUAUGUGCGUGUAUAUUUGUAUUUAUAUGAGGACGGAAGAGACAUUUAAUGGGAACACAGUUAAAUUAGCUUAGAAACCAUCAAGUUCAAGAGUUGCCUUAGGGGAAGAUCAGUUUCCAGCCUAUAUUGAUACUUGAUUAACCAUCGAGAUCAGACUCCAAGUCCACCUUCAUAACAGCUACAGUGGUGCCAGCAAAUGACAGAACCUAAUAGGGCGUUCAUAGAGCAGAUUUGGAAAAAUGCCUUAGUAAGAGGUUCUAACAUAAUCUAUUGCCCAUCUGAGACUCUGCCACCCAUCGAUGACUCAACCACUCUUGUUGAACUCUUGAAGGACCUUCUCUGCUAUUUUCUGGUCAGCUCUAUUAUGUCUAAACUCCAUAUCAUCUGCCAAUAGAUCUCAAUUAAUGUUUGGUUUAGACUUCUGACCAUAGUUACAUGGCCUAUUCCGAUGCCAGGAAUGUUCUGCAGUUGGAGAGAUCAAUCGCUAAAUUUGUUAGAAUAAAGAAUGACUAGGGUAGAGGUGGGGUUUAGAGGUUACCUAAGAAUUGAAAGACAAGUUUCAAAUAAAUGUAUUAUGUAAACACUGCAAAAAUAUUACAUUUACUGUUUAACAAAAAUAAGGUCCUGAAAGACAGGUGAUGACAAGCGACAACAGAGCAUCCCGGGGGAUAAAUCUUUUCUUUUUGAUACAUUAUCCAUACAGGUCUCUGUAUACUUAUAUAUACCUCUCGGCACAGAAUAAAAAAAGCUCACGCAGUGUACAGAUAAGAACUUGUUACUGGGCUGUGAAAAGAUGACGGUUUUGUUUAAAUGUCCUGUAAUUUAUUGAACAAAUCUGCAAAUUAUGCUAAUCCCAAAUAAAAUUUAAUUUAUUAAACUGUA